AUGGGACUUCGUACUUUGACCUGUGGCCGUGGCCUUCGACACUUAACAGUUUUAACAAUUUUAAACGGGACCAAGUUCGUUUGCUGCAAAAAUGAAUGUGAAACAGUUGUGCGGGUUUUUUCUUCCAAUUUUAAAACAUUAGUUCAGCUGUACCUCUUGCUGUGGGCGUGGCUGACAAGCAAAGAUCGUCUGCAUUUUUGGAAGCCUAAAGACAGAAGUUCACCUCCAGCUUGUCUCGGUAUUCGACUGCAUUACGUUGAAGUUGGUGACCGGAAAAAGCCAAUGCUUCUUUGCCUGCAUGGCUUUGCCGAAACUUGGUACUCGUGGAAACAUCAACUACGUGCCUUUUCGAAGACGCAUUGGGUAAUUGCCGUAGACAUGCGAGGUUAUGGAGAUUCGGACAAGCCUCAUAGGGCAGACGAGUAUGAUUUACGGAUCGUGAUAGACGAUAUUCGUCAAUUAAUUUUGAAGCUAGGUAAGGAAACAUGUGUGCUGAUGGGGCAUGGCUGGGGUGCAGGAAUUGGUUGGUUGUUUGCUGCUAUUCAUCCCAAUAUGCUGACUCAUUUCAUUGCUUUAAGCUGUCCACAUCCGGCAACGUUAAAAUACAACUUUUCCAAUUCGUGGAGGAGGCCUUAUAUCUUACGGGAUUUGUUUUUCUUCCAAGCUCGGUGGGUUCCUGAGGUUUUCUUGCAAUCUCAAGACAAUAUCGUCAUAGAAAGUAUUGCAAAAAUAGGCUGCACUACUAGAGAAGACGCUUUUCAAGAGGUGGAAGCAUACAAAUACUAUUUCGGCAAGCCAGAUGCUUGGAGAGGGCCGCUGAAUUAUUAUCGUCGACUGUUCAAUCCUGGAUCAUUAAUGUGGAUGACUAAGUCUCAGCUACGUGUGCGAGUACCAACGCUGCUUGUAUUUGGCAAGAGGGAACCAAAUUUCUGUCAAAGAAUAAUCUCUAGUUGUUCAGAAAAUGUCGACCGAUUUGACUUUCAUGUUAUUGAAAGUGCGUCGCACUGGGUUCAGAAAGAAACACCAGACAAAUUCAAUGUUAUUUUAGCGAGAUUUCUAAAUGUUAACCUCUGACAUGACUUGUUUUAAUCGUGCUUUGGUAUUCCUCAUUAAAAACAGUUACGUUUAUACUA